CUCAGGUGUUCUGUCAUCUGCAGGUAUUUCUGAACUGACUGAGAGUUGACAGCCUCUCAGCGCCGACAUCAGCUGUGACACGACUCAGAGCUCUUUGGGCACACAGAUUCACAGACGCCAUUAUGUCUUCCACGCUGGUCAUCCGGCAGCCGCAGCCCGUCAUGGAGGCCCGAGACUCUGACGAGUGGGGAUCGGGGAUAUGUGACUGCUGUGAGGACGUACCUGAGUGUUGUUUUGCUUUCUGGUGCUGUCCCUGCUUCGCCUGUAUAACCACCAGGAAGUACGGCCAGUGUCUCUGCCUCCCCCUGCUGGACAUCUUCGGCUGCAUCCCCCCCAUCACCAUGUCCAUGAGGGCCUCCAUGAGGCAGCGCUACGGCAUCAAAGGCACCAUGUGCAGGGACUGUGUGUAUGCGACCUGCUGUACGGCCUGCACCUGGUGUCAGAUGUCCAGAGAGAUGAGGAGGAGAAACAUCCAAAUCGUCCUGGUCAGCGCCAAGAACACAUGACCUCUCCCCCCUUGUCGUUAUGACCACCGGGACCGUCACGUAUUUCAAUAAACCACAACCUGCUUUGGCGCAGUCACGUUAUAACGACACUGCAGACUUAAGACAUCUGAGAAAGACCAAAACAUGCUCAUGUCACUGACUGAAAAACUGCCUCUAACACUAAUUUAUUGAGAGUAUUCUUUCCCUUAUGGUUUCCUUUACAUUAACAGAGACUAAAACUCUAAAAUACCUACAGACGACUGAUCAGCAUUUAUUGAUUAAUUAAUUUUCUUUGCUGGGAUUCAGUAUAAAAGUCUCCAAUUGUCUCUUCCUUUUUGAAUUAUUUUAGCUCUAUAAUCACUUUACGGAUGUUACAGUUUACACUUUAUCAAACAGACAUUUAGCAGUUUAAGACAGUAAAUUCAACUUACAAAUACUGUGGAGUACAGCAAUUGAUAUUAUUGAUAUUUUAUUUGACACUUACUUUUAAAGUAUUUAUCUCUUUAGUUCAUUUCUGCUAGUAUCAUGCUUAACAAAGUGACUAUCAUUUAUUAUUGAUUUGUUGUUAUUAAAAUGAUAAAAUAA